AUGUCAGUAACAUUUCCAUGUUGGGCUCGAGUAAGCAAUGCAGUAGAAGAUCCACAAACUAGAACUGCAGUUGCGCAAGACCAAGUCAUCCAGUUGACUGGAGAAGAUGGCGACUGGUAUGUCAUGAAAACGCUUGAUGGGCAGUUCGGACGAGUGCCGAAGAUCCUCACAAACUCCAUAGUAAAUCCUUUGCGAACCGCGUCAGAAAAAGUGCUAUGUUCUAUUGCGCAGUAUGAUGCUCAGAAGGAUGGAGACUUAGCCUUCGGCAUAUACACCAUUAUAGUUUCUGACACUGUACCAUCUGGAGGCUAUUGUAGCGGCGUCGUUGUGACAGAUGCCGGUAAGCGACUGGGUUCCAGCGGAACUUUUCCUCUUAACUUCGUUACGGAGCUGACGGGUUUUGUGGCUCCACCGAGUGCACCUCCUGCCAUACCAACUUCAUUUACAACAAAUUUCACAGACGUGCGAUUUAGAGAAGCUAGCAAUUCUAACUACAACGUAUUACCUUAUGCGAGAGUGGUUUAUCCUUUCACCGCUGAAUUCGCCAAUGAGCUAUCUUUGAACGUUGACGAUAUCGUUACUUUGACAAAGCGAGUUGAUAAAGAUUGGCUAGAAGGUAAUGUGAACGGAAAAUCGGGUAUUUUCCCGCAGUCGUUUGUUCAAAUUGUUGUGGAUUUACCUAGUGACAUCCAAAGUGACACAGAAAACAAGCGACAAAGCACCACCGAGGAAGGAGUGGGUUUUGCCAUUGUUCGACAUGACUUUAUUGCCCGACAAAAUGACGAGCUCACGGUGAAAAUGGGUGAUUCAGUCAGGAUUCUUAAAAUGGUGAACACUGACUGGGUGUCCUGUAAGGACCCAGCAACGGAUGCUUCAGGAAUUGUGCCGGUAGCAUUUCUAGAGGUUUACUUAGAUGAGGAUGAGGAUGAUGUUCGCGAGGCAACGAACCAGAAUCGUCCAGCAAGCUAUACCGAACAAAUUUUCCACUCUUACGAACACUUCAUUCGCCGCUCCUCCCAUCGUUCCCGACUGGCGCACCUCAACAAGAGUAGAAGAUGUUACGCCACCACCAGCUACACAGUCGCUGCGUGGCUUGUCAGGUUGGAUGACUGGAAUAUUGCUGAAAAGAAACCGCCGCCAGCUCGCCCACCUCCACCAAAGGUCACAAGCAUGUCUCCAUCGGAAAUGAUUUCUGUCACCGAAAUGCUGGGAAUGGCGGAGAAACGCUCGCAAGUACACUGA